AUGUUUGCGAGAUUUCGUACGAAUAUCUUCGAAUACGGCAAGACGAUAGCAAAUGAUUAUAAAACUGUUUUUGUCGAUGCUUUUGUGGAGGCUCGCAGGAAGCCAGUGAAAGCUAUGCUUAUCUCAGCUUGCUUAUGUGGCCUUGGUUAUGCUUAUAAAACGAAUCCUUCUGAAAGCGAUUUCUUGGAGAGUUUCGUUGAAAGGCGAGUGCAAUUGACUUUAUUACCCAUUGCAAUACACAAUAGGAAAACAGAUGAAGCUAUGCAACGGCUCACGAAAUAUAUCCAACAUAAUCGCUUGGAAUAUUAUAAUUUUAUUUUUUUUUCUAUUGUUUUGCGUCGUGAAUAUGGAAAACAAAUGGGAAUUUAUUAUAGUACUGAUCCGAAUUUGAAAGACUGGUGGUGGAGAAGGCUACCAAAAAAUUUUGUCGAUUUUGGAGCUUUUGGUCGGUGGUACAAUUUAGAAAAAUAUUUCGUUGAUUAUGAUAUUAAUGAAAAUGAAUUUGAACAAAACGAUAAAAUUUCUUCGAAUCGGAUCAACUGA